AGGGAGUAAACAGCAAUAAGAGAGUUGGUUUCCUACCUUCCUUCUCCAUUUCUCUCGUGAUGAUUUAGUUAUUUGUUAUGCGUUGCAAUGCGAUUGCCAAUUGCAUCAUUUAAUUUGAGAUUACCAGAAUGGAAUUCGAGGAUCAAGGAAUGUUUAUCAAAUGGGCAUUGGCAAGAAGCAAUCUCUUGUUAUGUAGGAAUGCAAAGAUCUGGAGUACAACUAACAGAUUGUUCACUCUUCCCUGCCAUUAUCAAAGCAAGCUCGCAAAUUUCCUUCAAACAUGGAGAAUCAAUGCAUGCUUGUUCAGUGAAGCAGGGAUAUGACUUCUUCACUUCUGCUGGGAACUCAACGCUGGAUUUUUACAUGAAAUGGGGUGCCCCCAUUUCAGGGUUGUCGGUGUUUCGGGCCAUGGGAAACAGAGACACCGUUUCAUGGAACAUUAUCAUUCAUGGGUACCUUGAUCAUGGUCUUUUAGAAGGUGGUCUUUGGUUUUUUGUGCAGGGACGAGUUUCGGGUUUCGAACCUAAUGUUUCCACCUUGGUUCUUGUAGCUCAAGCAUAUCGCAUUCUCGUGGAUUUUGAUGGGGGGAGGAAGUUUCAUGGUUAUGUAUUGAAAAGUGGAUUUCUGGGUGUUCACUCUCUGCAAAACUCCCUGUUGGGUAUGUAUGCCGCUGUUAAUAUUGAGUAUGCAUACAAGGUGUUUGAUGAAAUGUGCGAGAGAGAUGUUAUUUCUUGGAGUAUGAUGAUUCGGGCUUGCGUACAGAAUGAGGAACCGUUGUUGGGGCUGCAGGUGUUCAAGGAUAUGGAGGUUGAGCCAGAUGGGUUAACUGUGGUUAGUGUUCUUAAGGCCUGCAGUAAUCUUGAAGAUGCUAGUGCGGGAAGAUCUCUUCAUGCUUUGGCCAUUUCUAGAGGGCAUGAUAUCGAUGUGUUUGUUGCAAACUCUUUGAUUGACAUGUAUUCUAGAUGUAGUGAUCCGAUCUCUGCCUCGAGGGUUUUCAAUGAGAUGACUGUAAAAAAUAUUGUAUCCUGGAAUUCAAUCUUAUCUGGGUUGGCUUUUAAUGGAAUGUGUAUAGAAGCUUUAGACAUAGCCAAUUCCAUGCUGCAGGCGAAAACUGAAACAGAUGAAGUAACACUUGUGAAUCUUCUUCAACUAUGGAAGCACUUUUCUGAUCCAUUUCAGUGUAAACUAAUCCAUUCUAGAGUAAUAAGACAUAGGUAUGAAUCAAAUAAUUUGGUUUUAAGUUGUUUAGUUGACGCUUAUGCAAAAUGCAGUCUCAUUGAGCUAUCAUGGAGACUGUUUAGCAGAACAGAUAAAAGGGAUACAGUUUUAUGGGCCACAAUGAUUGGUGGAUUCGCCUACUGUGGCAUGCCUGAUGAGGCAGUUGCUGUGUUUAGAAAAAUGAGGGAGGUUGGGGAGAGAAUUAAUCCAGUAGUUGUCUUAAACUUGGUUGAAGCUUGUACAGUUUCUGCAGAACUCAAAACUUGUAAAUGGGCACACGGUAUUGCCAUCAGAAGUAACUUUGAUGCAUAUGUAUCUGUAGGAACUGCAAUCAUAGACAUGUAUUCCAAAUGUGGGGCGAUAGAAGAAGCAAAAAAGGCAUUUGAUCAAAUACCCCAGAAAAAUAUCAUGUCAUGGACUAGUAUGGUAUCAGCAUAUGGCAUGAGUGGCCAAGCUCAAGAUGCAUUAGGUCUAGUAACUGAAAUGAGGCAAAAAGGUUUCAAACCAAAUGCAGUUACAGCACUUUCAGUCUUAGCUGCUUGUAGUCAUGGCGGACUAAUUCAGUUGGGCCUCACAUUCUUCAAAGAGAUGGUUCAAGAUUUUGGGAUUCAACCAAGUCUGGAGCAUUAUGCUUGUAUGAUUGACAUGUUGAGUAGAUCAGGAAAGUUGGAUAAUGCUAUGAACCUGAUCAAUGUUAUGCCUGAAAAUUUUCAGGGCAAGGUAAGUAUUUGGGGAGCAGUGUUGAGUGCUUGUACGAGGUUCAAAAACAUCGAGAUUGGUGAAGGAGCGGCUUCUCAUGUUCUUGAGUUGGAGCCCUUUGGUUCGUCUGGUUACUUGCUAGCAUCGAGUUUGCAUGCUAGUACAGGGUCAUGGAGUGUUGCAGCAAAGAUGAGACGAUUAGUCAAGGAAAGAGGAGUCAAAAUAGUGGCUGGUUAUAGCCUGGUUCGUGUUGAUGACAGGGCUUUAAGGUUCAUAGCUGGGGAUAAGUCCACGCCACAGGCGAUUGAAAGUUGUUGUACCGUUGACAAGUUACACAGAUGUAUGGACACUGAUGAAGUAUAUGAUCAAGUUACUGAUUACUGAAGAUUUUAUCAAUAUGUUCAAACUUUCAUCAAGUAAUAUUGCACUUAUUUCAUCUUCCUCCCUGUUGUACCAACCAAUUAUAGAAUCAUGGGAACUGUAAAUUGAUCUUCAAAAAUUCAGAUGAAACCAGAGUCCUUUUUAUUAGUGCAGAUUAAUUUUUCAGAAAACUCGUGUUAACCAUUAAGGCUCUGA